AUGACAAAGGCUGUAAUGGUGAGAAACUACCUGCUCUGUUUACUAACUCUUGCACUGUGUUGUGCUUCUGGGUUGGUAUGGGCUGAUAGUCCUAAAGCUUCUGAUAGCCUUUAUAAAACUUCUACUCUUGGUGUUCGUUCUCUUGUUCGAUAUGCCAUUUGUGCGGAGAAAGCGUCUUGGUUGGAGAUCGAGGAGCAGGAGAAAGGGGAUGAGGGUGAGACUCUUCCUUCUCAGAGUUUGGGCAAAGAGCAUACGUCUAUUCCCAAUGGUUCACGAACUGAAACUCAGUUAGCGGAGCAGGUGUUGAAAGAGAGGGAACAGAUGAAAAAUAAAGGAUUGGAAGAACAUUUGCCUGAUCAAUUAACUCUGGAUAACAACAGGAGAAGUGGUUCUCCAGAACAUACAAUUUUGCAAAAAACUGAAAAUGCUGUUUCACUGGAAGAAGCAGAAGAACCACCCGGUAAAACUUCUAAAGGUACAACGAACCCUGCUUCUGCUACCCCUUGUACUGAUGGUGGUUCUUCUAUCGGUGCUUGUACUCUUACUGCUCAAGAUGCAUCUGUUGGUUUUACCGCUACACCUGUUAGUCCACCAAGUAUAGGAGCUGAUGGAGCAGGUCCCGCUGAUGCUCAAAGUGAGAAAAAACCACCGGAGCUUCAAGGUGGAAAAGGACCUGAUGGUGAUCCUAGUGCAGUAGAAGGUACAACUGAAAUCAGCAACAACGGUGAAGGCCAAGGAAGUGCAACAUCACAAGCUCCACCUUCCACCGGCAAUGCAGCCACUGCUGAACAGGAAUCUCAAUUAAACAACAACACCCAUGAGUCUGAUAACGCGGACCACACAAACACUGACACUACCAAUACAACCAGCAAUGAUGAGGAAUCAACCACCACCACCACCACCACAACAACAACAACAACAACACUUCCUCCUGAACUCACAAACAACAAUAAGGGUGAUGCAGACAGCAGCAGCAGUAUCAGCAGUUCUGUGUGGGUGCGUGUACCACUACUGACUGUGGUUACACUGGCCUGUAUUCUUGUGUACUGA